GUACAGAUCAGUUAAUGUCUUCUGCCCAACAAUCAAUGCAAUCCUGUAAACAUUAUAUUCAUUCACUUUGUCGGCCAUCGUAUUCGAAAGCGUAGCUGACCGGGUAAUUAAAGCAUUAAAACUUGUUGUUUGGGGACGGUUUAUGUGUCGCAUUGAUGAUGAACGGUCGAUAAUCAUUGUGUUAGACAAUGUGGGUGUGUUUAUCCCAAUUUGGAAAGAUGAGCAUUAUGUGGUUGAUAAAAUACCUCACUGGUCAAUUUGAGAAAUUUCUAAUCUUAUUGGCCAAAUACUUCAAACCCAUUUGCAUUCACCACCACACACUCAAAUACUCCUCAACUAUUUUCUUGCAAUUAUCUUUAAUUAUGUCUUGUACAUGAAUACCAAUUUUAUAAAACUCUAGAGAGGAAUUUACUAUUUUGCCCUUGUAUCUUUCUUCCUUUUUGCUAGAAAGCUAAUGUCCUUCAUGUCUGUUUGUUAAAAGACGUUGAUUGUUUGACAUGUUACAUAAUCAAAACUCACAGUUAGUGCUUUAUCAGUUUAUCUUCACUUAAAUUUGUGGAACCAAUAGUGAAAUGAGUGUACUUUUGUAAGGCUCUUUUUCUUUUCUUUAAAUAUUAGUACAUUAUUAUAACAUGGUUAUGUUCAUGAUUGCUCUAUCAUUGCCAUGGUGGAUGUCCUACAAGAAUGACUGUACUGUCCACUGCCCUUAAUAUCCCUGCCUGCUAAGAGAUUAAGAUAGGGGAGAUUAUGAUUGAUUCCAUGAAGAAAGCUAGUGAUUGGAUUUGCUCACCGGAGAUCCCGAGCGAUGUCACAGUUCAUGCAGGCGGUGUUUCCUUUUCAUUACACAAGUUUCCAUUGGUCUCAAAGUGUGGUUAUAUAAGUAAAUUGGUGUCUGGGUCCAAAGAGAAUGAUGGGUUAGUGGUUGAAAUCCCGGAUAUCCCGGGAGGGUCUGAAGGAUUUGAACUUGCGGCAAAGUUUUGUUACGGAAUAAACUUUGACUUAUCGAUGGAAAACAUUGCGAUGGUGAGAUGUGUAGCCGAGUAUCUUGAAAUGACAGAGGAUUAUGCAAUUGGAAACCUGAUAACAAGAUCUGAAUCCUAUAUAAAUGAAGUAGGACUUAAAACUUUGGCUGGUGCAGUGUCUAUUUUACAGUCAUCUGCAAACCUUUUACCAAUGGCGGAAAAAGUAAGACUGAUUAAUCGAUGUAUAGAUACUAUAGCGUUUAUUGUCACCAAAGAAAGCCAGUUUCCGUCUUCUAGUGGUGCAGAGGGGGAUUUGAUUACUUCAUCUUCAUCGUCAUCUCACCCGAAAGCGGUAGUUGAUUGGUGGGCUGAAGAUUUGAUUGUUCUUAGGAUCGAUAUCUUCCAAAGGGUUCUUCUUGCAAUGAUUUCAAGAGGUUUCAAACAAUAUGCUCUUGGUCCGAUUCUAAUGCUUUACGCUCAAAAAUGUCUUCGUGGUUUGGAGAUAUUCGGAAAAACCAAGAAACAAAUCGAGCCAGAACAAGAACACGAAAAGAGGAUAGUUUUAGAAACAAUAGUCAGCCUUCUACCAAGAGAAAGGAAUUCAAUGUCGGUUAGCUUUGUCUCAGUGUUGCUUCGGGCUGCCAUAUACCUUGAAACAACAAUGGCAUGCAGGCUAGAUUUGGAGAAACGGAUCGGGUUACAACUCGGGCAGGCGGUUUUGGAUGACAUAUUAAUCCCUUCAUUUCAUUUUGAAGGUGACACAUUGUUUGAUGUUGAUACUGUGCAACGAAUCAUGAUGAACUAUCUUGAAUAUGCAUUAGAAGGCGCUCGUGAUGAAGAUUAUGCUUCUUCUCCUCAAAGUGACAUGGAGAAAGUCGGGAAGCUUAUGGAGUGUUAUCUUGCUGAGAUAGCUUCUGAUCGUAAUCUGUUGGUGUCGAAAUUUAUAAAUCUAGCUGAACAUAUUCCUGAACAAGCAAAGGUUUCAGAAGAUGGAAUGUAUAGAGCUAUUGAUAUUUACUUAAAAGCACAUCCAAUGUUAAGUGAUAUGGAAAGAAAAAAGGUUUGCAGCUUGAUGGAUUGCCAAAAGCUUUCACGUGAAGCGUGUGCACACGCAGCCCAAAAUGACCGGUUGCCUGUGCAAACCGUGGUUCAAGUUCUUUACUAUGAACAACAACGGCUACGAGACAACAUGGAUGGUGGUUUGAUAUCAACCGACCCUGCGGCUCAACAAACCAACAAGAAACAACCACUAAAUGAUGAGCUCUCGCGCUUGAAAAAAGAAAACCAAGAUCUCAAAUUCGAGCUUUUGAAGAUUAAAACGAGAUUAAAAGAAGCAGAACGAUCAUCAGCGUCUAUUGACAAGUCUUCGGUCAGCAGCCCGUCUUCCACACGUUACUCCGCUGAUAAGCCGCCGUUGCCUAGAAAAUCUUUCAUGAAUUCUGUGUCAAAAAAGCUCGGAAAACUUGCACCGUUUCUACGCGCUGACGGGGUUUUUCCUGCUACUAGAGGCAAGAAUAAGCCAAGUAAAAAUAGAAGACAUUCUAUAUCUUGAUCUGCAUACUUGGCAUGAAGAUUGCAACCAUUGGUAAUUUUUCUUUUUAAAUUUUUUUUUUUUUCAAUUAAUUCCAUGGCUUUGAUAUGUUUGUGUGAAAUAUCUAUGUAAAGUUUGUAUGUACAUCACUAUAGUUGUAUAAGAUAUAUUAUAGGGCUGAUUUGAAAUGGAAUGAAUGUGCUAAUCUGUUGUUGGGCACUUGGGCUGAUUUAAA